AUGGUCUCUAUCCAAGAGCUGCUUCAGGCUGAGAAUUGGCAGAGAACUGGCUCUUAUUCCAAGCAGGCGGAUGGGUGUGGUAUGGUCACAACAAUCAAAGCUGAUCCAGAUCCCAGAAGCAGUUCAAUAUUACUGAGACCGAAGAGACUUAGGAAGUUAUGUGUCUCGAUUCUCCCGGACGCAUGGAGUGAGCGAAGGUUCGUCUGGGCCUGCCGCUAUCUCCCCGCACAUGUACGUGUCGGCUAUUUACGAGAUGGAGAACUAGAGGCCUUACAGUGUGAUACCACGGUAGAUCCUAGACUCAAUGAUUCCAUCAGCACAACACACAGCUUUCUUUUUGGAGCCCUUGCUGAAUUACUUGACAAUGCAAGAGAUGCAGGGGCUACAAGACUUGACGUGUUUUCAGUGGAUAAUGAAAAACUGCAGGGUGGAUUUAUGUUGUGCUUCCUUGAUGAUGGAUACGGAAUGAACCCUGAGGAAGCUUCAGAUGUCAUUUUCUUUGGAAUGUCUAAGAAACGGAAAGCUGCUUCAAGAUUCAUUGGACAUUAUGGCAAUGGUCUUAAAAGUGGAUCUAUGAGGAUAGGGAAAGACUUCAUUCUUUUUACCAAAAAAGAAGAGACGAUGACCUGCAUUUUUUUAUCUCAGACUUUUUGUGAAAGUGAAGGUCUCAAUGAGGUAGUAGUUCCCAUACCAUCAUGGUCUUCAAAAACUAAAAAAUCUAUCACAGACCUUAAGAAAUUCUCUGAGGAACUAUCUGUAAUUUACAAAUAUUCCCCCUUUAAAACGGAGACUGAAUUAAUGCAGCAGUUUGACAAGAUCUAUACAAAAUCUGGUACUUUGGUGGUUAUAUAUAACUUGAAAUUAAUGCUCAAUGGAGAACCAGAACUGGACAUUAAAACUGACAAAGAAGAUAUUCUGAUAGCUGGAGUUCUUGAAGAUCUCCCAGAACGAUGGUCAUUCAGAGCCUACACAUCUGUGUUGUAUUUUGACCCUCGAAUGAGGAUUUUCAUCCAGACCAAAAGAGUUCAAACCAAGUACUUGUCUUAUUGCCUCUACAGACCCAGAAAGUAUCUUUAUGUCACAUCUGCUUUCAAAGGAGCAUCAAAAAAUGAAGUAAAAAAGGCAGAGGUAGCAGUAAAAAUUGCUGAACAAAUGGUAAAAGAAGCUCGAUACAAAACAAACCACUCCCUCCAAACUGGUUUGUCUUCUGCCAAGGAUAUGUUAAAGAAAGCUUUGGAAGAUGCAGAAAUAAAGCAGAAGACACUUAAAGAGAAAGAAAAAGAACUGAAAAAACCUAAGAAGUUUUAUCUGAUCUUUGGAGUGAACAUAGAAAACAGAAGCCAAGAUGGAAUGUUUAUUUACAGUAAUAGCCGCCUGAUAAGAAUGAAUGAGAAAGUGGGGCCACAAUUGAGAACUGGAUCUUUGCUUGGUGCUGGUGUUGUUGGGAUUGUUAAUGUACCUUUGGAAAUCAUGGAACCAUCUCAUAAUAAACAGGGAUUCCUAAAUGUCAAAGAAUAUAAUCAUCUACUUAAAAUCAUGGGGCUUUAUUUGGUACAAUACUGGAAGGAUACUGGAUUCAGUAAUAGAAAUCCAAUGCUCUUCUGGAACAAAUUUGGAUACCAGAGUAAUAAAUGGUUGGAGAAGCCUUUAAAUUCUGCUCGGUACAGAAGACGACAAGCCAGUGAAAUCCCUUUCAUCGUUCAGUGUGAUCUUUGCCUUAAAUGGAGAAUUUUACCUUCCUCUGAUGAUUAUAAGAAAAGAGAAAAUUUGGGCAAUUGGACCUGUGCUAAUAAUCCAAACAUCUUGGAAAACAGUUGUCAUAGACCAGAACAACUCCCUUCUUUUCCCCUGGGCACCAUGAAAAAGGCAUCGCCAUCAGAAGAUGAGAAAGACAAACAACUCAGAGAUUCAGUGCAAAGAUAUCAGAAUAAAUUGGCAGAACAGCAGUCACAGAACUCUCAUUUGGUGCCAGCAAAUAAGACCACAGAAUUCCUCCCCAGCUCCCAAGCUUCAGCUCCAAAGGAAUACGCCAAGUCCAGGACAUUUGUGCCUCAAAGAGAUGCUUCAGAACGAGAUGCCGGCUCCUCCUCAGUGGUUUGGGCCAGACAUUUGAGCCACAAAAGGAGGAGGUCAAAAUCAGUCUCAACUCCAAGUUAUGUUUCAGAAGAUAAAAUUCCACAGACAACUGUUAGGAAGAAAGUGAAAGUGAAACAACUAAGACGACAUUUGGAAAAUACCAAAAUUAAUGAGAAUUCCCAGGUAUCUUCUUGGAAAGUGAAAAAGAAGUCUCCUGAAGGGGUUGGUAAAGAUUCUAAAAGUAUAAUUGAAGAUGAAGAUAACAGUGGUCCAGAUUUAAUUAUAUUUACAGAUGAAAACGAUGCUGUCAUGACCCUGAAACAUGAAAAGGAGGAGACUUUGAAGAACAAAGGUUUAGUCUCAGUGGAUGAUAAACCGAAACUGCGUGCUAAUACUCCAGAAACAAAACGGAACUCUUCACCACUUAACUUGGAAAGUCUAUCAGCAGAUGAUUUAAGUCCACGCCCAGGCCAGAAAGAACGGUUUGUGAAGCAUGAGUGUGAUGUUGCUGUUCCUUUUUUAAAGCCUUCUCAAAGCACCUGUGCCAAGAAAACAAUAGAAAAACUGAUGGCUCAGUUAAGAGAGAUUCUUCUUUAUUUCCAUCCUCACUCUAAGGUCUCCAAGGACCUUGACUACAAGUCUCUGGAGGAACUUAUGGCAUUUUUUGAGCUGGAGAAUUGCCCUGAGAAGUUAAACAAAAAACUGCAAAUGUGUUGUGACCAGAUCUGGAGUGUUUAUAUGGUCCAGUAUGAAAAGAAAAUAAGAAGGAAAAUGCAAUCCUUAACUCAGCAGGCAAACAAGACAGCAGUGAAUAAUGAAGCUCAUCAUAAACAAUGUGAAAAACAAAUACAAAUUAUUGAAAAUAAACUGAAAAGCCUGCGGGUUAAAGUGGCAACAUUGCUGAGUAACUGGAAUAUGAGUACUCCUUCAGAUGACUUGGAGCACAUUGACAGUUACAUAGAAGCUUUGCUGAAUGAAGAAAAUAUUUUCCUACCUGACACUUUAAAACUAGCAGCAACAAAGUCAGGACAAGCUCUCCCUUCCUAUGAAGAGUAAAAAUAAGUACCUUAUAAACCACCUGCUUUUCAAAACUGUUAAUGAAGUGUGGCUUUAUAAUUUUCUUUUUUUUAUUAUUGAAAAAGGAUGGGCAGUUUGGACACUGAUUUUAUCUGUGCUCUAGAGAAAGGACAAAGCCUGUCAUUGAGACAGAAAGAAAAAAAUCAACAACCAAAAAAAGGAUUUUCCUAUGUCACUCUCUUUAGAAAGUGCCUUUGCCUUCUUUGACUCCCAUGUGAGGGGCAGUGAACAAUGAAAAUUUAUGCAGGUUUAAGUUUUGGUUUUGUCAAAGAAAUGUAAAGACUUGAAAAGGGUAGCUUUCAAAAAUAAAAUUUGAAGAGCUAGACCAUUCCAUUUUGCACUUUUCCCUUUGAGACUCCUACUAUGUGAACGUGCCUAGUGGGGAAAUCUGACCUCCCUUCACUAAGGCCAGUUCCAUUUUGAAGCAGAUAAUAUAAAUCCUAACUUUUGAGUCUUAAAAUAUAUGCCUGUCAGUUAUAUUAAGAAAAAUAUCCCUUAAGAGCUAUAUCAUAGAGAAGAGAAAGAAAUAACUU